UAUGCUUUGUGUUUCGGACGAUCUAUCCACAACUUGGUUGUCUUGCUUUGCGUAGGCCUAUUCUCUCAUAUGCCACUACUUGCUUGAGGUAGUUUUUCACAGCUUGAAAUCACGAUGCGACGGUCACGGUAGCUUGCGACCAUGAUAUCCACUAUUAUCACUUUCGUUGUCGGACUCCUCCAUCUAGCAACAGCAUAUACCACCCUCUCGGAAGCCUCUCUCAAGGCCAUUCCAGCGCCUGGCGAUGACUUCGACAUAAAAACGGGCUCUCUUCUCGCGCCCAUUCUCCAAGUUCGCGUCCCUGGCACGCCGGGCAUUGCGAAAGUGCGCCAGCACUUCGUUGACUUCUUUAGCCAGCAGCUCCCGUCGUGGACGCUCUCCACGCAGAACAGCUCUCAGCACACCGCCCUGGGCGGCGCGCCGAUCGACUUUGUGAAUAUCAUCGCGACGCGAGAUCCGCCCUGGUCUCAGCCGGGAGAAGUGGGUAGGCUGACGCUGGUGGCGCAUUACGACUCGAAACUUACGCCGGAGGGGUUUAUUGGAGCGACGGACAGCGCGGCUCCUUGCGCAAUGUUAUUGCACGCGGCGAAAGUUCUCGAUGAGGCUUUGACGCGGAAAUGGGAGAAUAUGCAGGCAAACGGGGAGACGGAUGGACUGGAGGGCGAGAAGGGCAUCCAGAUCCUGCUGCUCGACGGUGAAGAGGCGUUUGUGAGCUGGUCCGACAGAGAUUCGCUGUAUGGAGCGAGGGCGCUCGCCGAGGCCUGGGAACAAUCUCUUAAUCCCGCGAUGUCGACAUAUAGAACCCCGCUCCAUGAGAUCGACCUCUUUGUGCUGCUCGACUUGUUAGGAUCUGCCAAUCCACGCAUGCCCUCUUAUUUUAAAACCACGCACUGGGCCUAUAAACAUAUGGCCGAUCUAGAAUCGCGGCUCCGUGCUGCAAAUCUUUUCAAGUCCUCCGGAAAUGCUUGGUUCACUGAUGCGAACAAAAAUCCUGACAUUGGACCCUUUAUGGGCGGCAUGGUGCAAGAUGACCACCUCCCCUUUAUGGCGAGGGGUGUUGAGGUCUUGCACCUUAUUCCUAGUCCAUUUCCAAGUGUGUGGCAUACUGAACAUGACGAUGGAGAGCACUUGGAUAUCAAAACAACGGAGGAUUGGGCCGUGCUUACGGCCGCGUUUGCCGCGGAGUGGAUGGAUCUGGAAGGAUUCAUGGUGCCACCCAAACAAUCCUUGGAUAGGAGGAAACUGGAAGAGAGGACAGAAUUGUGAGUUCUCGUUCUUCGUUACUGGCAUGAAUAGUUUGGAUAAGUGGCUUUGUAUGGUAGGCUAAUGUGACGUGCUAGAUUUUGAAACGUAUGUAGCAUACGGCGAAAGCGGGAAUGGUCUUUUUAUGCGUAGAAAUGCAUUAUUCUUCUUCCGAUAUA